AUGUCGCGCCGUCGCACUUCCUACAGUGACAUGAACGAGGCUGUCGCAUACCCUUUUGCCAGCCAACCCCCGCCAGCCCCUCAAGCUCGCCGGGGUCCGAUCGAAGGUCCCAAUGGCCGUCGUCUCAUCCGCCGCGUUACCUGGCGCUCGUCGACUUACAAGCUUAUGGCCUCGUUGUGGGUGCUAGGUGUCCUUUACAUCCUCUGGUUGAUCCGUGACCUCUUCUAUCUCCCGUUCGACUCACAGUCCACCCCACCUGUCCCUGCCGAGUGA